GCUGUGCGCCCCGCGGCCGGCGGGCGGCGGGCGGCGCGGACCGAACCGAGAGCGGAGACCGGCGCCGCGCAGAUGGCCGGGUCGAGCGAGGUCUGAGGCUCUGCUCCCCGAAACGUGACCAUGUGGAUCCAACAGCUUUUAGGACUCAGCUCCAUGUCCAUCCGUUGGCCGGGCCGCUCCCUCGGAAGCCAUGCUUGGGUACUGAUAGCCAUGCUGCAGCUAGCCGUGGAUUUCCCGUCCUGUGAGUCACUGGGCCCAGGCCCCGAGUUCUGGCUCAUGCCUCGCCCAGCCCAGCGGCCCCCGCGCCUGUGGAGUCUGCGGAGCGGACAGCCGUCCCGGCCCCCCACGCCCGUGUGGAGUCUCCGGGUCCCCCGUGUGGAGCGGGCCCAUGGGCAGAUGCAGGUGUCCCGUGCCCGGCGGGCCCACAGACCCAGGGACCAGGUGCCCUCCCCUGGGCGUGAAGGUGGCCUGGCCAAGCCCCCGGCCACCUCCAAAUCCAGCCCCUCCCUGGCCUCCUCGUCCUCACCCUCGUCCUCGGCAGGGGUGGCCGGCAGGGCGGCGGAGCAGCGACAGCUGAGGCGGGGCCGGAGGCACACGCAGGACCCCGCGUUCAACAGCUUCGACUUCCGGGGUGGCCGGCCCACCACAGAGACAGAGUUCAUCGCCUGGGGACCCACCGGGGACGAGGAGGGCCCUGAGGCCAACACCUUCCCGGGCAUGGACGGCCCCACCACGGCCUCCGUUCUGCAGACACGGAAGACGACAGUGGCCACCACGACCACCACGGCCGCCUCCAUCACGCAGACCCGGGGCCUCACCGCGUCCCUGGAGCCCUGGAGAAAGGUCGCCAUUGGGGUCAGCACAACGGAGCCUUCCCCCAGCCCCAGCAGCGACGGGAAGAACACCAGCCCACCACGGAUUCUGGGUGAGACCUCAGGUUUGGCUGUGCAUCAGAUCAUCACCAUCACCGUCUCCCUCAUCAUGGUCAUCGCUGCUCUCAUCACAACUCUUGUCUUAAAAAAUUGCUGUACCCAAAGCGGGAACACUCGGAGGAACAGCCACCAGCGGAAGGUCAACCAGCAGGAGGAGAGCUGUCAGAACCUCACUGACUUCACCUCGGCCCGGGUGCCCAGCAGCCUGGACAUCUUCACGGCCUACAAUGAGACACUGCAGUGCUCCCAUGAGUGCGUGCGGGCAUCCGUGCCCGUCUACACCGAUGAGACGCUGCACCCAGCGGGCGAGUACAAGUCCACGUUCAAUGGGAACCGCUCCUCCUCUGCCGACCGGCAUCUCAUCCCUGUGGCCUUCGUGUCUGAGAAAUGGUUUGAAAUCUCCUGCUGACUGGCCGAAGGCUUUUUACCUCCUGGGGCAGGGCAGACGCCAGGUGUCUGUCUCAUGGUACGUACCUCUCUCUGGACCUUCUUCCCCUCUGACCGCAUCAUCACGGCCCUGUCCAGGGCGGUGGGUUCUGGCAGCAGCAGCAGCACCUUGCGGAAUGCAAACCAGGGAGCUGGAGUCCAGGCCCCAGGUUGCAUUUGUCAGAGGCCCCCCCCACCCAUGGCCCUGUGGAGGAGUCACGGACACUUGCUUCCCAGGAGCAUCCCAGCUGCGCCUGUCAUCCUUAAGAGGGCACUGUGAUGGACCGGGGUGUAGCUCGGUGGCACAGGCCUGCCCGGCAGGCUCAAGGCCCUGAGUUCGAGUCCUAGUCUAAAAAAAACAGAAGAGGGCACCUUGAGUAGGGCCGGCCAGGCAGGAAAAAUCACCUCUGGAGACGGGUUCGGAUCACAGCUCUCCUCCUGCCCCCUGGCAGAGGCCAGGGCAGCGGCUGAGAGGCCAGGGUCCCACUCCCGAAGCACAGCUUUGCACCGAGGAGGGUACAAGGCAGAAUGAAAAUACAGUUUUGAAAUAUAAAAAUAAGAGAUAAGAAGGAGCAUGAUAAAGAAAGAAAGCGAAGAGUUGAGACAUCUACUAAUUUGAAGCCAGGGACCGGUACCAAAACAGGAUGAAUUUUCCACGCUCUGCUGGGCAGGAACAUUCGGUUUGCUUUCAGGGAUAUUAAGGUGGAUGCUCACGGCUCCGAGCGCCAGGUGCAGGGGGAGAGGGCUUCUUGGCCAGGAUGGCGCAGUGCAUGUUGCUGGUGCACGGGCUGCGAGCUCAACCCUGGGGUGAUUUGUUUUUCUUUGUGAUGUCGAUGGCAGGCUCCCUAGGGCCUCUCUUCUGUUCUUAGUGUCCCCGGAGGAAGUGGGCCCCUCUCCGGUCCUCCCCCUUCCAUGGGAGGGAGCCCUGGCUCUCGGGUGGGACAUCAGGGCUGAGCGGGCUCUGCUUCCUCGCCAAUCACUUCCUGCAUGGGAGAAUGAGCGGAGCCUGGCAUGGCCGGCGAGGGCUGUGGGGCCUGAAAGUGUCCAGGACUCGAUUUGCGCCCCUCAGCCAGGGCCCAGCAGCUGGCCGCGGCUGGAGUAGGAAUGAAUCGGUCAGUUCUUCCUCCCUGGGCUAAUGGAUCCCACGUUCACUCCACAUCCAAUCUCCAGCCCUCCUUCCCUGUCCUGAAGCCAGAUGUUCUGCCAGGGGGCAAGGAAGCGUAAUUGGAUUAGGCUGGAAAUGAGCAGUCCUUCGGAGGCCCUGACAGAGCCUGUGUGGGCCAGCGAGGAGCACGCAGGCCCAGCCCUUCCCUAGGGGAGGCAAGGGGACCACAUGUCUGCAGAGCUGGGGUCCCUGUCUGCCCGAUGUGGCUCGGCCCGUGACACUCCGGACAGCCCCCCUGGGCACUGCAGCCUUGUGGCAUCAGGACGCUUGCUUGUGAGCAGUGGAGCCAGCUUCCUGGUGAAGCCUGGGCCCAUCCCGGGGCCACAUGGCUGCACCUCUGUCUCAACUUAAAAAGUGCAUGCGUGUAUAGCAUAAUUCACUGACCUCAGGGAUGCCAGGUCAGUGUCCCUGGACUGGAGGGAACACUGGCGUUCCACAUGAGCUUUGCCAGGACACAGCCCCAGUGUGCACGUUCAAAUGGCAGCUCAUCGUCAGACACUCUGUGGAAGCUCAUUCAGUUCUCCCACCAUGCCAUUCACAGGGAAACAGGUUUGGGAAGGGAGUGACUUGGUUGGCAUCAGACAAAUUGUCAGCAGGUCCUGGGCCAGACCCUGCUGCAUCUCGAGCACCUCUGUCCCCAGGCUGAAGGAGAGCUGGGUGGGGUGUGAGACCAGGAUCCCCAGCUCAGCCCAUAGUCCAGAGGCUGCGGCACACCCUGGAGGGCCGGGGAACAGCUCCCAGGUGCCUGAGCCCGAGCCCAGGGUCUUCCUGCACACAGAGCAGAGCCACAGCACCGGCUUGUGCAAACAGAAUCGAUCCAGAAAACCCUCUGUCUCCUGUCUGCCUCUCCUCUCACCCCUCGGGCACCAAGACCACACAAUGAAUGGUGCCGGUAGCUCUGCCAGCCCAGACCCCAGAGGGCGUGUGAGAUGUGGGUACCACUUCCACAAGGGAAUGUCCCUGUGUCUGGACAGCUGGGGUCCCUCCCUGUGGACCCCGAGGGUCCGUGAGUGGAGUCGAGAAGGACCAAGAGCCAUCGAGUCCAACUUGCCCUGAGAGGGCUGAGCUCAGCCACUGCAUCUAUUGACAAAGCAGUGGUCCACUCCCAUGGCUCCUGUGGACAGGGACCAGGAGGGCUGUGCACACAGCCUUGUUCCUUAGUUCCUGGUAAAUGUUUCCAGAUAUCUCCCCGCCAGCAGACAGACUGUCACUCAUGGGGGUGAAAGUGUGCAGGCUCUCAGCAUCCCGAUUCUCCUAAUGAGUGCCUGGACAUGGCCGUGGAGCAGAGAGUAACUGGCAAUUAAUACUAAAAUGUGUAAUGAAGGUUUAAGGGCCGGUGGAGAUGUUUAUCUCUGACAGUGCUGUCCAGACUCCCCAAAUGCAUCUUUAAUGAUGACGGAGCAACCUGCCACCAAACGGCUCCUCGUCUUCAAAGGCCAACUGGUGCGCACGCGUGGAACCAAUGGUGGCCACGCCCGCUCCCUGCAGCCCAGCUGUCUGUGAUGCCCAGGCUCGGGGGCAGAUGUGCACCGUGCAGCCCUGAUGCACAUCUGCAGCAGACCCCACCCCAUUCCCAUCUGAGCCCACUUCUGCUCUGGGGCCAGGCCACUCUGGACAUACACAAAACGAAGCUGCCCUGCUUCUCCACCGAAGGGCACCUCGGACCCACACCCAACAGCGCCUCGUGGGCUCCUCUCGUCGUUUCUCCUGGAGCAAGUAAGCCCCAGAGAACCUCGUCCGUGUGACCUCUGCCCUUCCCACUCACCGGAGCUGCCUCAUUUCAAACAGAGCCACAGAGGCCAUAAAGGCUCUUGAAUCCAGAGCAAGUGAGAAACAAAUCACCAUGUUAUUAUUUUCAAAAAUCACAUCGAAGACAUAACUAAUAAAAAAACCCCAGGAAAUGCACCUGAGCCUUCCCACUUCGUUCUUUUAAAAAAAGCAUUAAUAGAAUAUCAAGCUUUUUGUAAUUCAAAGGAACACUCUUUUUCAAGGCGACACCCGGGCCCUCCUGGAGUGGAGUCUCUGAGACCAGGCACCAGGAAGACUCCGGGGCAUGUGUCCUCUCAGGUCUCAGAGAACUGCCGCAGUGGCUGCGGUGCCCAGGGACCUGGUGGCCGUCCUUGUGCUCUUUCCAGAAGCAGACCCGAGCCCUGACCCCAGUGAGUGGCAGGGCUGUCGCCGCUGUCUCCUUCUGGGCAGCAGAGGGCAGGACCUACCCCAGAUCCCAUCUCCUGGGUCACUCUGCAGCGAGCGCGCCGCUUCCUGCCUUGGCAGCUGAGGAGUCUCCAGCCUGGGGUCCUUGCUGCCCCCAGCCUCUGCCCCCUGCCUGGGCUCCUGUCCUCUGACUGUGCAGCCCUCGCCCAGAGCCUUUGGAACACCAACCUAAGCACUUCCGGAGCCGAAGUUGGAACAGUAGGGUCGGGCAAGAACUGAGGGAAGCUGCAGCCUGGGAUCCUCCUCCAGGCCAGAUGCUGAGAGAGCGCCCUGCCCUAUAAGGGAGUCACACCCUCUGCUUUGAAGUGGCCAUUGCGGAUACAGGGUCAGGUCCCUCUGCCUCCUCCUCCUCCCCUGCCUCCCUCCCUCCCUCCCUCCUUCCCUCCCUCACCUGUGGACCUGGAAGAUACUCCUUUCCCCACAGGGCCAAGCUAUGGUGAUCUCAGGGCCCUGAGCCCCUCUGCCAUGUGACGCCCUGCACCCACCUCUAAGGGGCAUAGAAAGAAGGGUCAAGCCUAGAGGAUUCCUCCUGGGGACCAGGACAAAGCUCCCUUUUGGACACCGAUCUCCUCUCAGCUUCCUCCAGGCAGGCACAGAGCUGGACUCCCAGGAGCCAAGGCUGGCCUGGUGGGGGCUCCUGUUCCGGGGGAGUAUGUGCUCAUGGGGUCACACACACGUGCAGCUAAAAGCGACUGCGGGUUGUCCACACCUGAGAAGUAACAGGAUGGGAUAGGAGUGGACAGAGUAAACAGAGCCACAUCCAAGAAGGGAAGGGGCCUGAGAAGCCCAGGAGCCCAAGGCUGAGAUCUGCGGUCCGGAGCAGGCAGCAGCAUGGAGCUUAGAGAGGAAGAAGGAGUGGGAAGGAGGGCAGAGCCGGGCUCUGGCCCGGGUAUUCUGUUCAAGGUCGGGAUCAAGGACUGAGCAUCGGCUCCCCAGGAAACCUUUCUCCGGGAGGCAGAGCCCCUGGGUGACAUGGGUUCCAGCCCUGGACACACCUGAGUGGAAGCUAGGGUCCAUUAAUAACCCAGGACCGGGGACGGGACAGCAGCCGAAACCACAGACCGUCUAGGCGGCCACCAGGAGCAGGGUUAGCGUCACCAACUUCGCCUUUAGUGAAUCCAGUGUAUUUUUCUUUUUAAAAAAUAUUUUCCUUUAUGGUAAAAUAUGCAUGGCAGAAAGUUUGCCAUUUUGUCCAUUUUUAAGUGUCCGGGUUACAGUGCUGUGUGGGCCUCACCACAUCCGCCUCCAGAACCCGUUCAGCACCCACAUCCCAGCUCUGUCCAUUAAACCCUGGCACCUCUCCCCAGAGCCCCGCGACCACUGCCCGUCUCUGUGAUCAUGCGCUCAGGGUCCCUCCCGUGCAUUAUCUGUCCCCACACUUUUAACAUUCAGAACCUUUGCACGGAGAGGGUGUGUGGGAGGGGUGGUUCUCUUGGGGUUUCUGAAACCUUUCCUCCCUCCACGUCCGGGAAAUGUGGAGGUUGGGUGGGUGAGGUCACUGGGGUAAUGCUACCAAGAGGGGUCCGUGCUCAUGUGACAGGAGGUCCCAUUUCUUCAUGCAUGGUGGCACCAGUGCCCCAGCAGGUGGGUGUUCUCACAGCAGCACCAGUCUGGGCCUCUUAGAGCUGCCCAUUUGGGUAUCACUUGGGGCGACAGGCAGGCUGAGGUGACACUCAGGGGUCUGGCCCUUGUGGCCCAAACUGGGAGGCCUCGGAAGGAGCCUGCCCCCAGUCCUGCAGAGCUGGGGCUCCAGGAACAACAAGGAGCCAGCGCUGAGCAGGAGCAGCUAUGCUGGGGCCACCAGCCAUGCCGGCCAAGCCUGGCAUGCAUCUUGGGUCCUUCACCUUGUCCCACCUGGUGGCCUGCAGCCCUCCAUCUCCCUAGUCAUGGGGUGGAAGAAUGCCACACCCUUGUCGGCUGGGGACAGCUGUUCCCCAUCUGGCUGUCCUUGGAUUGACUUCCUGGAGAGCUCUUAGACACAUGUUCACAGGCCCGGCUGGGAGGAGGCUCUGGGCCUCCACAGUUGCCCGGAGUCAUUUCUGAGUGGAUCUGAAAGUGAAGGGUGGAGCCUGUCUGGCCACCCGAGCUCCAGCUGAGGGCUUCUCCAGACCUCAUCCAGGGACCCUUGACACCCCCACCCUCUUCCUCACCUGCAGGAUGUGUGGCAUUUCCUUUCUACCGGCAGCCAUGGGGUGCCGGGGGCAGCUCUGAGGCACCCAUCCCCAUACCCUAGGUGCCCUUUGAGUACACCUGUCCACCUGCAGAGCUGGGAUGGGCUCCAGUCCCUGUCCACACCCAGGAGCCCUGGUACCCUCUGAUGCCUGGCCCAGGCUGACCUGCUGGGUCCCUACUGCUGGGGGACUGAGCCCCUUACUUCCUAGGGCACCCACAGGCUGGGGUGGCACCCCUUCCCCUGCACCUGCUGCAGGCAGCUCACCUGGCCUAUGUACAUACAGGUGAGGCAGGUAUAACCUGCCUCCUCUCUCCAGCAAGGCCUCCUCCCGGGGAGAGCCAGGGGGUUCUUCUGUUGUGACCCAUGAGUUUCUCCCCAUCCCUGGCCGCAGGGAGCUCCAGUUCUCAGGUGACACCUUCCCUUUCCUGACCACCCGGGCAUCUGCUGGCCGAGCAGGAGGGCACUGGGCUCUGCAUGUGGCGGGGGCCCCACAGCCUGGCCAUGCCUGGCCCCACUGGCAUUUAAUCUCUUUUUGU